AUGGAGAUCGUAGGUGAGAGUGACCAGUCUGGUACUAGGAGUGGUCAGGUCACACCAGGUCAUCUACACCAACACCUCAGUCACUACACCACCCCCAGCAGGGGUCAGCAACUACACCACCCCCAGCAGGGGUCAGCAACUACACCACCUCCAACAGGGGUCAGCAACUACACCACCUUCAGCAGGGGUCAGCAACUACACCACCUCCAGCAGGGGUCAGCAACUACACCACCUUCAGCAGGGGUCAGCAACUACACCACCUUCAGCAGGGGUCAGCAACUACACCACCCCCAGCAGGGGUCAGCAACUACACCACCUUCAGCAGGGGUCAGCAACUACACCACCUUCAGCAGGGGUCAGCAACUACACCACCCCCAGCAGGGGUCAGCAACUACACCACCACCAGCAGGGGUCAGCAACUACACCACCUUCAGCAGGGGUCAGCAACUACACCACCUUCAGCAGGGGUCAGCAACUACACCUCCAGCAGGGGUCAGCAACUACACCACCUCCAGCAGGGGUCAGCAACUACACCACCCCCAGCAGGGGUCAGCAACUACACCACCCCCAGCAGGGGUCAGCAACUACACCACCCCCAGCAGGGGUCAGCAACUACACCACCCCCAGCAGGGGUCAGCAACUACACCACCCCCAGCAGGGGUCAGCAACUACACCACCUCCAGGAUAGCCAACAACUACAUCACCUCCUGGAUAACCAACAACUACAACACCUCCUGGAUAACCAACAACUACAUCACCUCCUGGAUAGCCAACAACUACACCACCUCCAGGAUAGCCAACAACUACAUCACCUCCUGGAUAACCAACAACUACAACACCUCCUGGAUAACCAACAACUACAUCACCUCCUGGAUAGCCAACAACUACAACACCUCCAGGAUAGCCAACAACUACAACACCUCCUGGAUAGCCAACAACUACAUCACCUCCUGGAUAGCCAACAACUACAACACCUCCUGGAUAGCCAACAACUACAACACCUCCUGGAUAGCCAACAACUACAACACCUCCUGGAUAGCCAACAACUACAUCACCUCCUGGAUAGCCAACAACUACAACACCUCCAGGAUAGCCAACAACUACAACACCUCCAGGAUAGCCAACAGCUACAACACCUCCAGGAUAGCCAACAACUACAUCACCUCCUGGAUAGCCAACAACUACAACACCUCCAGGAUAGCCAACAACUACAACACCUCCAGGAUAGCCAACAGCUACAACACCUCCAGGAUAGCCAACAACUACAUCACCUCCUGGAUAGCCAACAACUACAACACCUCCAGGAUAGCCAACAACUACAUCACCUCCUGGAUAAUAGCCAACAACUACAACACCUCCAGGAUAGCCAACAACUACAACACCUCCAGGAUAGCCAACAACUACAACACCUCCUGGAUAGCCAACAACUACAACACCUCCAGGAUAGCCAACAACUACAACACCUCCAGGAUAGCCAACAGCUACAACACCUCCAGGAUAUCCAACAACUACAACACCUCCAGGAUAGCCAACAACUACAACACCUCCAGGAUAGCCAACAACUACAACACCUCCAGGAUAGCCAACAACUACAACACCUCCAGGAUAGCCAACAACUACAACACCUCCAGGAUAGCCAACAACUACAACACCUCCAGGAUAGCCAACAACUACAACACCUCCAGGAUAGCCAACAACUACAACACCUCCAGGAUAGCCAACAGCUACAACACCUCCAGGAUAGCCAACAACUACAACACCUCCUGGAUAGCCAACAACUACAACACCUCCUGGAUAGCCAACAACUACAACACCUCCUGGAUAGCCAACAACUACAACACCUCCAGGAUAGCCAACAACUACAACACCUCCUGGAUAUCCAACAACUACAACACCUCCUGGAUAUCCAACAACUACAACACCUCCAGGAUAGCCAACAACUACAACACAUCCAGGAUAGCCAACAGCUACAACACCUCCAGGAUAGCCAACAACUACAACACCUCCAGGAUAGCCAACAACUACAACACAUCCAGGAUAGCCAACAGCUACAACACCUCCAGGAUAGCCAACAACUACAACACCUCCAGGAUAGCCAACAACUACAGAUAUAAAGAAGCACAGCAUCAGAAGUGGAAGCAGCCGAGCCACACCAGAAGAUUGAAACUUUGGUGGAAAUAG